GCAACCACUUUGCUUUCCCGUACUGCUCCUUCUCAUACUUCGAUUUGGUUCAUGUUGUUACUUAGGGUUUUCAGAGCUCCAGUUCCUUCGCUCACCACUCCCCACUCGCGAAAUCGAAACAUGCCGACACUGUCCUGCGACGUGUGUGGAUUUUCAUGAUGGAGCUCGUGUUGCAGGUGGAAUAUAGUCUUCCAUUAGACAUGCCACAUGGAUCAAAUGCAGGCAGUAGGGACUGGUCCAUGGGUCCAAAUGAGCCUUACUGGCGAACGAAUUCAAGUUAUUCACCACCUCCACCGAGAUGGGAUUUCAGAUUCCAGACUGAAGGGCUGCCGUAUAGUUUAAAUGAUGGCAUUCAACUCUAUGGGUCUUCUACGUCAUCAAAUGGUAAGGAUAGUAGGGGCUGGGUCAGAGGCAACAACCUAUAUGAUAUUCACUAUUCUGCUUCAGAUGGUACUGGGCUUUUCCUUAGCAGUCCAUCUGACCUUUCUCAGGGUCCUCAGUGGACUCCUCCAGCAAUACAGGAAAUAAGUAUUGAUGAUUAUGAAACUGCAAUUAGGAAAGAUCCUCAUGCUUCUCUGGGUCGGCUAUCUAUUACACCUACUAUGGAGGGAACUUCUGAAAAUCCCAAUAGUUGGCGCUCAAUGUCAUCCCAGUCAGAAAGUAGUGAAUCUGAGUCUACUACAAAAUCAGAUUUAUCCUCUCCCAGGAAUUUCUCUAAUCGCUGUUCUUUCAUCUCUAAACCGGUUCAUCCUGUAUCCUUUUCUGACCUGACUCCUACCAGGGAAGCCUUUGAUUCUGCAGUUACAGCUUUUACAGAGUUUGAUACUUCCAUUCCACUCAGAGAUGCACAGCGUUGGAGUAGUGCCAGCAGUGGUCAGGAUUUUGCAGAUGUUACCGAGUCAUUUGAAUUAGAAACAUCUGGUCGCUCACAUAUUCCUUCAGAUGGAUUCAAAUGCGGUUUGUGUAGAAGAUUUCUAUCACAGAGAUCACCUUGGAGUUCCCGCCGUAUUGUGAGAAGUGGGGACAUGCCUACAAGUGGGGUUCUUCCUUGUUGUCAUGUUUUUCAUGCUGAAUGUUUGGAGCAGACAACAUCAAAGACUCGGAAAAACGAUCCUCCUUGCCCUGUAUGUGUGAGAUUGGAUGAGGAAAUUUCCCCUGAUCAACCAGGUCUUUUGAGAUUGAGGAAUGGUUUUCCUAGGCAUAAACCAUUUUAUGAGGAUGGACCCUCAAGACCUUGGGGCUGUGCACAGGUAGGUGAUUGUGUAGAAGGGGCUCUGCAUGCACCUUCACGCAAUGCCAUGUUACUACUCAAUCGAAAUCGCAUUAAAAAGAACCUUUCUUUGAAGGGUAAUUUAAGCAAGGAAUUUCCAGGUAAGGUGAAGAAAAGUGGGACAUAUUCUUCGCAGAUGUUCAAUGGAAGCUCAGCUGAUCAGGAAGCAGUUGGUUGCUCAAAUGCAACUGCAGGCCCAAGUAUGUAAAGGUAAUGGGAAAUGUCUAGAUAUGGAAGCGUGGAAAGUUGUUACAUAGGAGAACAUUCUUUCCUAGAAAGUUCAGAAGCUGUUUGUCCCACUUUAAUCAACCGAAAUUUUUAUGACAUGGACUCCUAAUCUGGUCAUGAUUCUGUAUAGAUUGAUUUAUUGUAUGUGUAUUGGAAGUCACGCUUGGAACUUGAUCUUAUUUUUUCUUGUUUAUGCAUUUGUUUUUUUUUAUCUUUAGUUAGCCUUUUAAGCAUAUCUACUUUUGUUAAUGGAGUUUAGUUUGAAAACAAAUACGCAU